GUGGAGGGCUGGUGAAUGCACCGCGGCGGCGGUGUCGCCGGAAGCGGUGCUGCUGCAGCCGCUGGUAUCGCGGGAGGAUCGGCCGGAAGUGGCGCGUUACCCUCCACGAGUCACCGCAGCCUCGAGCUGGAACAUCCGUCGGCGAUGCCCGGUGCACCGGGUUUUCACUGGGGUGCUAUGCUCGCUGGUCCCCACGCGGCCGGCGGCGAGUACACCCCCGUGCCGGCACAUCAUGGGACAACGCAUCCCGCCAUGCCUAUGGAUCUUCACGUUCAACAAGGAUUUUCUUACUACAGGUAUCGAGAGGACGUUCUCUGUUGGACAGACAGGAAACCGUCCAUGGACGACGUUGGGAAUCCUACCUCUGUCAACGCACGAUAUGACGAGGAACACUACACUUUCGAGAGUAUCCAGGAGUUACGCAAGGAGAAAAGCAGAGACGCUGCCAGGUGUCGAAGGGGGAAAGAGAACUUCGAGUUCUACGAGUUAGCGAAAAUGCUGCCAUUACCGUCGGCUAUUACCUCCCAGUUGGACAAAGCCUCUAUAAUAAGGCUAACCAUCUCGUACCUCAAACUUCGUGAAUUCUCGGGUCACGGAGACCCGCCAUGGAAUCGGGAUGGGCCACCGCCAAAUAAAUCUGGCAAAGGUGCGAAUCGGGUCAGGUCGUCGGCGAUUUCCGCGGUGGACUACUUCGAUGUGGAUCAUGGCACUCAUCUACUUCAAUCGCUGGACGGGUUCGCGAUUGCGGUCGCCGUUGAUGGACGGUUCCUGUACAUAUCCGAGACCGUCUCAGUUUACCUUGGACUCUCACAGGUAGAGAUGACGGGAUCAAGCGUUUUCGAUUACGUUCAUCAGCAAGACCACGCGGAAGUCGCGGAACAAUUAGGCCUUGGACUGACUUCGAGCUCUUCCGGUCCACACUCGUCGAGUUCCGGUUUAGCGUCGCCGAGCAGCGCGGCGUCGGAAGAACACGGUUCUUCUUCUACCGCGAAUCCCGAUGUUUCCUCGGUGAUGUCGUUGUCAACGACUGGUCUUUACAAAGGAUACGACCGAGCGUUUUGUGUCCGGAUGAAAUCCGCCAUAGCGAAAAGAGGGUGCCAUUUUAAGUCUUCUGGUUUUAGGGUCGUGUUGAUACUGUGCCGUUUGAGACCACAGUACACGUUUAGCCAUACAAGAAAGUCCGCGCCACCAUUGAUAGGCAUGGUUGGCUUGGCGAUCGCACUUCCUCCGCCGAAUGUGCACGAAAUUCGCCUGGACAGUGACAUGUUCGUUACGCGAAUCAACUUUGACUUUCGGAUAGCACACUGUGAACCGAGGGUAUCCGAAUUGUUAGAUUAUACAGCCGACGAAUUAACGGGGAAGAAUCUUUACGCGUUGUGCCAUGGAGAAGAUGCUAAUCGUCUUCGGAAAUCCCACAUCGAUUUGAUCAACAAGGGACAAGUAUUGACGCAUUAUUAUAGGCUUAUGAAUAAAAGCGGAGGGUACACGUGGUUGCAAACGUGUGCCACCGUGGUGUGCAACUCGAAAAACGCCGAGGAGCAGAAUAUCAUCUGUGUCAAUUAUGUCAUUAGUGGACGGGAAUACGAGAAUUUAAUCAUGGACUGCUGUCAACUAGAAGAAGGUGUUAUGGGCGUUAAACGCGAGGAGGCUGCUGGAAACGAUCCAGAAAAUGGCUCGCCGGAUGCUGACGGAGGAGAGGGAAGAAAUCACGGUGGACCGCCUAAUCAGCACCAGGAACAUCCGCACAGGUCUCCUCCGGAAAAUCGGGAAGAAAGCCGGGGCUCGGAGAGCGAGAAGAGAGGCAGCAGGCACCACGACAACAUAGCGCAAUUACAACAAGAGCCUCAGACAGCUGUAGGAAAUAUUAACACUCUGGUAGUGAAAUUGCGCGGGCACAAACGGAAGCUUCACGAGGAGGAGAGCAGCUCGAACGAAGAGGAGGACGAAGAGGACGCAACGGUGAAAGUCACGAAUAACGAGAGAAGCCACGCUCUAAGUCCAGCUCCAUCAAACCAUUCAAUUUCAGGAGGUGAGCAAGUACUGUGUUCGGCCAGUCCAAAAUCCAGACGCGUGGAUGAACGAACGAGCAACGCCGACAGUACCGGCACCUCCGUGAAAGAUCUAGAACAGGCGAUGUCGAAACAUCUACCGGUGGCUAACCUAAACAAAUCUCAUUCGCCGACGCUCCAUCAGCCGACGGAUUUCAGUACAGACGCGUUGUUGAAGCAGCAACAGCAACGGAGUACGAUACAAUGGAUCGGGGCGCAUCAUCAUCUGGGACACCUGAGCCCCCAACAGUCGGCCGCCGCUCCUUUACCAGCGACCGCUCUUCUCCGUCAGUUGUACGCGAACAGGGAGAGCGUGAUACGGGCUAACGUUCACGGGAUUACCUCGAGCGGUAGCACGCGUACCCCUUCCUCCGGUGGCACUUAUUACGCCGGUGACACGACCCCUAGUGGUCCUCUACCCACUCCGCCUGGCUCCGAAGGUUCCAGCACCUACGGUGAACACCAAUUCGUGUUAGCCACCCACAAUCAAAAAGGUUCCACCGGUACCAGCUGCGCGGACGCGUUCACCAGCCUGGUCUCCUCCUACUCCACUGCCAGCGGUUACACGGUUGACUAUCACUCGGCAAUGACCCCACCGUCGUCCGUCUCGCCGCGGGACAAGCAGCAACAACAGCAACAGCAACAGCUUCAUCCUGUGAACGCGAUAAGCAGCUACGAAAGCUCGUCGGCUUACGCCGACCCGGUGCUACGACAUCAGUACGAGCCAGCACAACCGUUGCCUUUGAAGCCGCAAGUGUACUCGGCCGCGGUUCACCAGAGCGCGUUGGACGCUGCCGCGGCGUACGCGUCCGCCGGCUUGACCGAACAGGCACAAUUUUAUCAUCACCCAGCCGCCGGAGCUGGUUUCCAUAUCUACCAUCCGACCAAUAAAUCGACGACGAACGGUUGGUACGGCUCGACGUCCUAGUGGCGUGGUCCCGUACGCGAGAGACGUGUACUUAAGUAAUUCGAAGUUUCAGCCCAAAGUCCCCCUUACAUGCAUAUCAGUGAUAUCGUAUUCACCUCGACAUCUCUGUAUUUCCGAUUUCCCAUUUCCACUCUCUACUUUCAUCCGCCGUCUUAUUUUUAUUUUUUCUUCUCUUCUUUUUAUUUUCCGUUUACUUCAUCUUUGUUAAGCCUUUAUUUACGCGUUAUCCGCUACUUUCACCCCACCUCCCUUUCCCUAGGGUUUCUUCCUUACAAUCCAUCGUUUCCCUUCUCAUUGAAGCCCAACGAGCGCAUCCGAUGUGCCAACUGAACUGUAAAAAUAUCGCUGCUCUCUAUUCUCGACUAUGUAGAACGACUUAUUGUAAUAUAAUAAAAUAAAUUAUUAUGUAUGUUGACAGUUUCGGGGAGGAUAUUCGCGCAAGCAUGGAGAGUAGAAUAUAAAAGGAAAACGAGGAUGAAAGAGACGAGCACAGAGUAUGUUUGAUGUGACGCUCACGGGGCGCACGUGGAAAUGACUAAUUAUAAUUAGUUGAUUGUAACCGCGUGAUAUCAAAAUACACGCGAGAUAUGGAGGAGUGACGGAAACGAACAAAGGAUCUUUCAGCGUUACCGCUGUACUCAGGCGUGGUUGUUAGCGAUAAUUACUCGAGGAAAAAAAAAAAGCCGUACUUGUCGUAAUUUUUUAUACUGUAACAUUUUGUUGCGUAAAUACGAUGACUUUAGUGAAGUCAACAGUGCAAUCGUUACAAGUUCUUAGCGUUAAUUUAAGAGGAUCGGAUAGAGAUAAAGUUUACCUUUGCUUACAACGUGAAAAAGACGUUUCUGUACGACAGAGGGGGAGAGAAAGGAGGGAGAGAAUGAGAGAAUGAGAGAGUAUGUAACAUUAUCGAAGGAAAUCGCUAUCUCUAUUAAUGUAGAACAUGUUUAAAUUGUUAAUUUAUUUUUCAGCUUAUCGAUUCAAUUUAUCGUCCGUUGCUUGAAUCAUAUCGAUUAUAAAAACUAUCUUUCGAAUCUCCAUUAUUCAUUUAUCGUCAAUAUUAAUACAUAUCAACCGAUAACGAUUAAUCACUGCCUUACCACAUUGAACAUUUGCCUCUGUAAUAACGUCUAAUGAACACUUUCAAAUUUAAGCUUCAAAGACUUUUUAGACGUGUAAGCAACGUAUCUUUGAUAGAAUAAUGUUAUUGAAUAAUAUAUUGCUAGAGGUAGCGAAUUCUUUCAGAGAGAUUAUUAUGUUUUGUUGUAAAUUGAUGAAUUGUUUUUUGACGAGUACACGUGUAAAUACAAUUUUAUGUGCUGUAAUAUCCACCUGUUGAAUAUUUCUAUUCAUCAUUUUUCGGAAAUUUCUAUGAAAUUUAUUUUCGUUGAAGGAGCAUUGUAAGGCAGUGACUUAAACACUAAAAUAUAUACAAUAACAUCUCCAUCUUGGUAAA